GCAAAGCCUCAGCCCUGUAUCUAUUUAUAUAUCUGUAUCUAUACAGAAGAUCAUCUCAAGCAAGCAGCACAAAACCCUGAUCAAGCCCACCUUCAACAAUGGAAUCUCUUUGCUUGGUGGGGCCCCCUGAGAUCAAGAACCCCAAGCCCUCAUCAUCUCUAGCCACCCCAGAAUCAGCAAAUACAGGUAACCCUUUUCUUGAUCUCUUAAAUUCAAACUUUAAUUCCAUCACUAAACCCCUUAAUCCACCAAUAACUAAGACUGAAAACUCUUCUGUGGCUUACUCCACUAGUGGAAACCCCUGUCUUGAUUUCUUUUUCCAUGUUGUUCCUGAUACCCCGGAAGGGUCUUUAGUCCAAAGCCUCGAAAAGGCUUAUGACCAUUCCCCCCUUACUGCUCUGAAGCUGGUUUGUAAUCUUCGGGGGGUUCGGGGUACUGGAAAGAAUGAUAAGGAGGGGUUUUAUAGGUCGGUGCUUUGGUUGCAUAAGAAUCAUCCGAAGAGUUUGGCUUGUAAUGUUGGGACUAUUUCGAAAUUCGGGUAUUUUAAGGAUUUGUUGGAGGUUUUGUAUAGGAUUCUUGAGGGGAGUGAUGUGAGGGAGGUGGCGAGGAAGGCGCAUUCUAGGAGGAAGGUUGAGAAGCAGAAGAAGAUUAAGAGGUUACGGGAUUAUGGGAGCUCUGGGAGUGGGGGGAUAGAGAGGCCUUUUGGGAGUAAGAGGUGGGGGGAUGGUGUUAAUAAGAAGAAGAGUAAGGGGGAGAGUGAGGUCAGUAAGGCGGCAUCGAGAGAGGCUAGAGUUUUGGCUUCGAGGAAGAGGGAUGCGAUUGAGAAGAAGGAAGCGAAGAGGCGGAGGGAAGAGGAGAGGAUUGAGAAGGCUAAGAGGGCGAUUACUAGGUAUGUGAAAGACCCGGAUUAUAGGUUUUUGUUUGAGAGGGUUUCGGAUUUCUUUGCUGAGUGUUUGAAAAGUGAUCUUGUGUUGUUGGAGUCUGGUAAGUUGAGGGAUAUUAGUUUGGCUGCUAAGUGGUGUCCGUCUUUGGAUUCUUCGUACGAUAGAGUUAUGUUGUUGUGUGAGCGUAUAGCAAGGAAGCUGUUUCCGAAAGAGGAGUAUGAGGAUGGUUUGUUGGAUGCUCAUUAUGCUUAUCGUGUGCGUGACCGGUUGCGAAAGCAAGUGCUUGUUCCCCUUCGCAAGGCAUUGUUAGAUAGGCAGAAGAAGCCAGCCAAGGAGUUGAAGGCAGGCGGGGAGGGGCAAAAGAAAAAAACCGGUGAGAAGGGAGGCUUUACUAAAGGGAAAGUGAGUGAUGGUUGGUUCCCACAUGAAAUAAUUGGGGGUGUUAACUAUGGAAGUGGGAAAUUAGCUGAGAACCAAUGGAACAGAAUGGUAGAAAGAUUAUCCAGGAAAGGGAAAUUGAAAAAUUGUCUUGCAGUUUGUGACAUAUCUUCUAAAAUGAAUGGUGUUCCUAUGGAAGUGUCUGUGGCUUUUGCUGUGUUAGUAUCUGAGUUGAGCGAGGAGCCUUGGAAGCGUAAUAUUCUCACAUUGAGCUCUAAACCUGAACUACUCAAGGUGGAGGGGCAAGAUUUAAGAUCAAAAAUUGAGUUUGUACGGGACAUGAAGUUGGGAGGAAACCCUGAUCUUCAGAAAGUGUUUGAAUUGAUACUGCAAUCAGCUAUGAUUGGGAAUUUGAAGAAGGACCAGAUGAUUAAAAGGGUGUUUGUGUUUAGUGACAUGGAAUUUUAUCAGGCCGGAAACCAACCAAACCAUAGGGAAACAGAUUAUCAGGCCAUAACCAGGAACUUUGCAGAGAAAGGUUAUUCUCUGCCUGAGGUUGUAUUCUGGAACUUGAGGAAUUCUAGAGCAACGCCUGUCGUAGCAAACCAGCCAGGGGUGGUGCUUGUUAGUGGCUAUUCCAAAAACUUGAUGAAUCUCUUCUUGGAAGAUGAUGGAGCUGAUAUGAAUCCAGAGAAGUUCAUGGAGAAGGCCAUUGCCGGUGAAGCGUAUGGUGAACUUGUGGUGCUUGAUUGAUAGAUACUGUUUCUUUUAUUUGCUGCUCUCCAAUUGAAUCUUCUGUUAUGAUAUAAAUUACCUAUAUAAUCAUGUCUAAAAAACUUAAUGAUGCAUCUGUAAGUUGCCAAGUUUUAUGCUUGGACUUGGAGUUAAACAUCAUAUAUUAGAACUUUUAUGCCAAUGGAGUGCAUAGCUUUUAAGGCCUAA